CACACUCAUUUUCUCAUCUACCCCUGGUUCUAUUUGUGUGAGUGCACGGUGAUUCACCGGGAGAACCCUAUUUCGUAAAUUGAUGUUCUACUGUGAUUUCUUUUCCUUAAUCUUAAGAAAAGUAACGUGGAUUGGAGACCUCAUUUACAGAGAAAAAUAUUAUUACACCAAAAAGUUAGUGGAAAUGAGCUCAAGCGAAAGCGGAAAGAAAACACUAGAGAUACAAAUUUGUUGAUUCGUUCAACAAUGUUUACUUUGACUGAAGAAUCGAGUCUUUCUUUAUUCAUCUGUAGUGGAACAAAAGAUAAACAAUCUAGUAUUCCAGUAUUUAAAUAGCCACGUUUGGAAGGAGUGUCAUUUUUGAGAGAUGGAGCGUAAUGGAGGAGAAGACCAGAAAGCCAGUCUGGAAAAGAAGGCGAAUGAGUGUAUGCAGCUGAGCCUGGACGAGUCAGAGGCCCUGUUGCGAAUCGUCAUUCCAGCUCAGAGACCUGGCGAGUCGACCUUCUAUGAGAAUUUUGCUCUUAGAGGCAUCCGAGUUGACCAAGUCGAACCCGGACUCAUCGUCUGUACUUUCAAGGUCCCUCCCCGUCUCACUGAUAGAGCUGGAAAUUUGGCCAAUGGGGCAAUUGCAAAUCUUGUUGAUGUAGUUGGAUCAUAUGUAACUUAUACUGGUGGUCUCAUUAGGAAUGUCUCGGUAGAUAUAUCCAUCUCGCACAUGUCCACGGCAAAGCUUGAUGAUGAGGUAGAGAUCACCUCGAAAAGAUUAGGACAAAAAGGAGGUUAUACUGGAAUAAUGGUGCUCCUGAGAAACAAAGCAACUGGGAACAUCAUUGCUGAAGGUCGACAUUCCAUGUUUCGUUUACACACUGCUCCGAAACUUUGAGACCUUGUCACAUAUAUGAAAGAGCAUUAGGUUGGCACUCCAGUUCAACUGCAUAUAUGUGAUAUUAUAUAGAUUACUAUUGGGUUGUUUGAUGUGAUAUGGUGUAGAUUACUCCAGUUCAGAUCUCCAAUAUUAACCAACCUAUAUGCAGUCGAACUGGAGUACCAACUUAUAUGGUAUGCGAUAUCUGUAGUUAGGGUCAUUGUGGAUUACUAUUAAAGUCGUAUCAGGACUUUGUAUAAAAGCUUCUUUGAAGUCUAAGAUAUAGAUCAAACUUGAAGCAGUGCAAUCUUGUGGUUUUACAUGAUCUUUCAGCUCAAGAUCAUGAAAAUUAAUGCAGUACUGUUUUUUUUCUUGGCAACAA